CGUCCGAAGUUUUGAUGCGGACCAAGGAUUUCUCAUAGAGACGAUAGAAACGCGCAAGAGCUUUUUCGUAAAGCACUUAAAGUAUCUCCGCAUACCUGGGCACAGCGAUGAGCGAGCGGGAACCUGGCGGGAGAUUCAAGAGCUUGUGCACGAAGAGGAUAAGCGAGGAGUCGAGGACGAUGAC